AUGUCUGGGAAGUUGAGAAUCUUUUCAAGCUGUCAUGCUGCAUAUGUUGUGAUAACAUUUGUAGGCCUAAGCCUACUCAGUGCCCUGCCUUUUUGUGCCACACAGGGUGCUGAGUACUCUGUCAUUGCUUCAAAAAUCCUUCGACCUAAUCUGGGAUACCAUGUUGCUGUUAGUAUACACAAUGUAUCUGCCCCUGUGGACAUCACAGUAGAGGUUGGUGGUUCUCAGGAUUCUGGUGGGACUGUCAUCAGUCGGAAGACAAAUCAAAUUGACCCCUUCUCCACCCAAGUUCUUAAAUUUCAGAUAGGGGAAUGGGGACCAGGACAGUACAACUUGACUGUCACUGGCUCAGGAGGACUGCGUUUCACAAAUACUACUGCUCUUCAGUAUGUUCAAAAGAGCCUGUCAGUAUUUAUCCAAACUGACAAGGCCAUUUAUAAGCCUGGUGAAACAGUGAGGUUUAGAGUUGUCGUCGUGGAUCCCCAGUUACGACCCAGCGUCACAGGAGCCAUUCGUCUGCAAGUAACAGAUGGAGAAGGUAAUCGUGUGAAGCAGGUAAAGAGAGCAUUCACCAUCAAAGGUGUCUACACAGAUGAACUGGAUUUGGCACUACAGCCAGUUCUAGGCCAGUGGAAUAUUUCUGUUGAAGUUCUGGGCCAAGAAUUCACAAAGGCUUUCACUGUGGCUGAAUAUGUGUUGCCUAAAUUUGAGGUGGACAUCAUAUUGCCUCCAUAUGCAACAUUCUUGGAGCGCAAUCUUGUGGCAACAGUAGCAUCCAAGUAUACAUAUGGUAAACCUGUGAGAGGAGAAGCCACCUUUGCUGUUUCAUUUCUGUACAGAUCAGCAUAUCUACAGCCCUUCUUCAAUGAACCAUUUUACAAGACUAUUCCCAUUGAUGGGAAGGCAUCAACAACAUUUGACCUGAUUCAUGAACUUCAGCUGAUGGAUGACUAUGAACGGGAGAUUCUCUUUGAAGUCACUGUCAAGGAGGCGUUGACUCAACGGAGACAGAAUGCAAGUGCUAUCUUGCGUCUGCACAAAUACCCUUACAAGCUUCAACUGGUCAAGACUGCUGAUGCUUUUAAACCUGGUCUUCCAUAUAUUGCUUAUUUAAAGGUUGCCUACCAAGAUGACACUCCAAUUCAAGAUGGGGUGAACAAAGUGAAGAUUCGUCAUGGAUUCACAUAUAACAGUGAAGAAUUCCAGGAACAUGAAUAUUGGAUCCCUUCUAAUGGAAUGAUUAGGUUGGAGUUUUUUCCUCCCAAUCGAGAAGACAUUCAUGUGUUGAACAUUGAGGCUGAAUACAAAGAUCUCAAGGAGUUGCUAGCUGCUGUCAAUCGUGCACAAUCUCCUGGAAACAUGUACAUCCAAGCCAUGUUGCAAACCAAAUCUCCAAAGGUGAAUGAGGAUGUGGAGAUUGAAGUGAAUUCUACGGUCAACAUGAAUACAUUUGUUUAUGAGGUGAUGGGAAGAGGAGAUGUGAUAUUUGCGCAGACUAUACAAGCCAAUGGGGAGAAGACAUUUCGAUUUCGCUUCAACUGUCGUCCAUCUAUGGCUCCAACAGCCACAAUCCUUGUUUACCUUUCUCACCCAGAUAGUAGGGAGAUUGUGGCAGACAGCCUCACUUUCCAUGUUGAAGGAGCUUUCCUUAACUAUGUGAAAGUUGAGGUUCAGCCAGAAGAGACAAAGCCAGGCAAGACAGUUCAACUCACUGUGGAGACAAAUAAAAACUCUCUUGUGGGAAUCCUCGGUAUUGAUCAAAGUGUCACCCUUUUACGGUCUGGGAAUGAUAUUACUCAGAGUGAGGUUUUAGAAGAGCUGGAGACAUACAAUGCUGUCAGGAAGGUUCGUGACUUUGACUCAGAAUUCUUCUGGCCUGGCACAGCAACUGCUGCUGAUGUGUUUCAUGGGGCAGGAGUGGUAGUCCUUACCAAUGGGCUUGUUUAUGAAUCUCAUCCAUGGGGUAAGUUCAAAUUUGAAGCAAUUCCUAGGCUGAACCUCUAUCUGAAAAACUACCAAGUGUUCUACCGCAGUAGUGAGGUCUGGGAUAUAGCCUUGGAGAAGGAAGAUGAUGUAGUGUCUCAAGAAGAUUUGACAUAUAAUGAAAUGAAGAUAAAGGAAGUGGCAACAUUGGCCUCUGGAACGUCACCUCAAGUGGCACCAAGACUUCGCUACAAUUUCCCUGAAACCUGGCUCUGGAUGGAUACUGACAUGGGCAUCUGCAUCUCUUUAUCUUUAGAAGAGGGAUUAAGGUAUCGUGGGAGCCAUGAUGGGGUUUCAACGCUGAGGCCGGAUGUUGGCCCUCCUGUUCCUUAUAGUCCCCCAGCGACCCGCCCUCCUUUGGCUGGUCCUUAUGCUUUCUCUCGAAUCCCUCGUCCUGUGGAUCCUCGCCCAAAAGUCCUCGUCACUCUGCCUCCUCAACCCACCUGGCUGUUCUCCAACAUCACUUUUAGAAAUGAUGAGAAGCAGACCAUCACAACGAAGGCUCCAGAUACAAUCACGUCAUGGGUGAUCACUGCCUUUUCCCUUCAUCCCCUCUUUGGACUUGGAAUCACUGACCAGCCGUCAGAGCUUCGAGUAUUUCGCAGUUUUUUCAUCAGCCUGAAUCUCCCUUAUUCUGUGGUGAAAGGAGAAAGUCUUGCCCUCCAAGCAGUUGUGUUCAACUAUCAGGAUAAGCCCUUAGAGGCUGAAGUCACACUUGAGAACAUGGGGAAAUAUGAGUUCUUGGGGCACACAAAUGAUGUUGCCUCAAUACCUCCUGAUUCAAAAACUCAAAAGAGGAGGGUUACGAUCCAACCAAGAGAUGGUGCAUCAGUAACAUUUCUGAUAAAACCCAUAGAAGUGGGAACAAUGGAAAUACAUAUUACUGCAAGAAGUGCUCUGGCACAAGAUGCUGUUCUUCGACAUUUACUUGUAAAAACAUCAAAACAAGGAAGUGCUUUUCUCUCCAAUGGCUACUUGAAGGCAGAGGGAUCACCACAAUAUCGAAACAAACCUAUACUCCUUGAUCUGAAGCCAGGGGAUGUGUUCAAGGAGAAUAUUACUAUUGACAUUCCUUCCUAUGCUGUGAAUGGCUCACGGUUCAUUGAGGUCUCAGCUGUUGAUGACAAUCUGGUGCAUGAUGUUAAAGUCCAGGAUAAAUUUGGAGAUUCUGAUGUUUGGAUAAUCACAUGGGACUUCAAAUUGUUGAAAUGCAGUGAUAAGCUGGCAAGGGAUUUGUAUGACUGUGGGAAAGCAGGUGAUGUAUUGGGCCCUGCCGUCAGGAAUCUUGACCAGCUGAUACGCCUCCCAUUUGGAUGUGGGGAACAAAACAUGCUCAAUUUUGUGCCUAAUAUUGUAGUGCUCAGAUACCUUCAGGAAACAAAUCAGUUGGAUGAUGAGAUAAGGAGCAAGGCCACCCAUUUCUUGGAAAUCGGCUAUCAAAGGCAAUUGACCUACAAGCGAGGAGAUGGAUCCUUCAGUGCAUUUGGGGAUGCAGAUUCCAGUGGCAGCACAUGGUUGACAGCUUUUGUUGCCAAAAGCUUUGUUCAAGCAAGAGAACAUAUAGAAGUGGAUGAAUCUGCAAUUCUGAAGGCAUUGUCCUGGCUCUCAGGAGUUCAGGAUCCUGAUGGAGGUUUCCCUGAAGUUGGAAAAGUGUCUCACAUCAACAUGCAGGGUGGUGGGGGAAGAGGAUUGGCCCUCACUGCUUAUGUUGUCAUUGCCUACUUACAGAGUCGAGACUUGACAAGGAGUGAUUACAACAAUCAAAUCAACAGGGCAUUGGAUCACUUGGCUCGAGAAGUGGGAAAUGUCAAUGAAGUGUACACACUUGCUGUUGCCACUUACUGCUUCAGCCUAGCUCAGCAUCCAAGUCGGAACACUCUCUUCAAUCGUCUGAUCAGCCUGGCCAAAAUUGAUGGUGACUAUAUGUAUUGGAUGACAUCAUCAAAGGAACCACCCAUUGAUGCACCUUGGUUGCAUCAGGCAGUUUCUUUUGACAUUGAAGCUACAGCGUACAUGCUGAUGACAUAUGUCUUGCGUGGUCAAGUGACACAGGCCUUACCAAUCAUGAGAUGGCUGGUUCGCCAAAGGAAUUCCAAUGGAGGGUUUUCCUCCACACAAGAUACUGUGAUUGGAUUGGAAGCUUUGGCCAUGCUUGGCUCACGUCUUUCCUCUCAGUCUUCUGUCCCUGUGGAAGUCACAUUUGUUUAUGAUGAGAUUCGUCGCAAGACCAUGUUUGUGACCUCAGAAAAGCGAACACUUCUUCAAAAAUAUGAGCUGCCACCCUAUGUGCAUUGGGUGGAAGUUAAUGCUAAAGGAGAAGGAGUGGCCUUGGUUCAAGUGUCAUAUUCAUAUAAUUUGAACGUGACUGGAGCUUAUCCAUCAUUCGAACUGGAUCCUCAGCUUGACAAGCCAACAGACAAGACUCAUUUGGAGAUGAGUAUCUGCACAAACUACCUGGGAGGAGGAGACAGCAAUAUGGCCAUAAUGGAUGUGAGUCUCCCAGGUGGGUUCACAGUGGAUGAAGAUUCCCUACCCAGCAUCAGGGAUUAUCCUGAUGUAAGGCGAGUGGAAGCACGUGAUGGCCGAACUGGUGUUGUCAUCUAUUUUGACAAGCGAGACAAGCUAGGGCCUUCUACAAAGCAUAUGCCUCCUCUGUUUGUGACAUCUGUGAUGGAGGAUCCUGCUCUUACUUGGAAUGUCGACAAGUUUCUGAACCCGGUGGUAUUGAAGAUGGUGGACUGGAUGGCAGCAGCACAUCCUUAGCAUCGUGCCAUAAGUGUCUGUUUUCUUUCCCUCCAAUCCUCUUCAUCCUUGGGGCCUUGUUAUCAUGAGAAGAUGAUUCAUGUGAUAUUGGACUUAUCUGAGAUUAUCUUUCACUUCUAGCUCCCCUUGGCUCUUGCUCAUGAUUGUUGACAUAACAAUGAGCCCAUUGCCAUCAUUGUAUCUUAAUUUAACAAAUCCCUUUCAUAUAUUCUUGCCCACUUGUUGAUGGCUGAAGACAUUUACAUCCAUGAGCAACACAAUUCCUCAGUUAUGAAAUUCAUGCAUAUAGUGACUAAGUCAAGAUCUUGACUAUUUCUUCAUAGGUCUUCAAUUGAUGCAGAGAAUCUGGGAAAGAAUAUGCAGGGCUGUUCUCUUGUAACUUAUCUGCAUCGUUUGAAUGGACAUGGUUAUAAAUCAUUUGCAAUGGAAAUGUUUUUCAUGAAAUGAGAGAAGUUCAAGUAGUACAUUUUGGAAUUUCAGUUGCCCAGAUUCCUUUCCUAUGUGUGUUCUUUACCAUUCUAUCCUGACG